GCGCACCGCCCACUCCACCAGUCCACUCCCGGCCCAAGAAAGCCAUGCUCAGGCCAGUGUGCUCAAGAAAGGGGCGCGCAGCGAGCUCGCGACUACUCACUCUCAAUCCUUUGGGAAAUGGAGCUGCUCAGUGGCUCAGUGGCCGCAGCUCCGGGAAGCGGAGGCUACCGAGAGCAACCGGACCACGCCAAGAAGCACUAGCUAGUGUACUGCCUCCUCGAUCUUGCUCUAUCUACCACUAGCAUCGAGCUUGCUUCGCUAGCUCCUGUAUAUUUAAGGCCGUAAUAAGUGUAAACACAGCACCAAUAGUCCAACACAGAUACUAGUAGUAGUGUGGUAAAAGGGUGAACUGAAGACCAAGAGGCAAAGGCGCCUGUGAGGCUGUGACUGAGAAGGUAGGAGUAGGAGAAGAGAAGCUUUGGGCGCCGCCAUGGAUGCAUACGAGGCGACCAAGGUGGUGUUCUCCCGGAUCCAGGCGCUGGACCCUGACCACGCCGCCAAGAUCAUGGGCCUCCUGCUCAUCCAGGACCACGGCGACAAGGAGAUGAUACGCCUCGCCUUCGGCCCCGAGGCGCUGCUCCACAGCGUCAUGGCGCAGGCGCGCAAGGAGCUCGCCCUCCUGCCGCCGCCUCAGGCGGCGUCGUCGUCGCCCACCGUGCCGGCAGCCCACUCGCCGUUCCUGCUGUCGAGGCAGAACUCCGGCCGCUGCCCCGCGCCGUCGCCGUCGUCGUGGGCGCAGGCGCAGCCGUUCUCGAGGAGUAACAGCAUGGGCAAUGGCGGCGCCGCGGAUGAGAUGGUCGGCGCUGGGGAGGAGCUAAUGAGCCCCUUGAACGGCGGGGGAGGCGCCGCGGCGAACGCCCCGCCCUUCUUUCCUCGGGGUGGGGACGCGCUCCUGGACGACUUCGAGCUGCAGGAGCAGCUCGCGUUCCUGCACGACGGAGCCGGGGGCGUGAACCCCGGGCAUGCUCUCCAGGCGUUCGACGGAGCGGAGUGCCGGAGCCCCGGCCCCGGCGAGAGCGGCGGGAUGCUCCCCUACGGCCUCGCCUGGGCCAACGGCGGCCCUGGGCACCGCCGCAGCGCGUCGGUGAACGAGCUCUGCCUCGGCGGCGACGGCUUCGGGUGGAAACCUUGCCUGUACUACGCGCGCGGGUUCUGCAAGAACGGCAGCACCUGCAGGUUCGUCCAUGGCGGCCUCUCCGACGACGCCGCCAUGGACGCAACCACCGCCGAACAGCAGCAGUGCCAGGAUUUCCUCCUCCGCUCCAAGAGCCAGCGCCUCGGCCCCGCCGCCUUCCCGUUCACCCCCACAGGCUCUCUCCCUGCCUCGCCAUCCGCCACCAGCAAGUGCCUCAGCCUCCUCCUGCAGCAGCAGCAGCAGCACAACGACAACCAAAGAGCCGCCGCGGCCGCGCUGAUGCUCGCCGGCGGCGACGAGGCGCACAAGUUCAUGGGGCGGCCGCGCCUGGACCGCGUCGAUUUCGCCAGCAUGAUGAACCCCGGGUCGCGCCAGAUUUACCUCACCUUCCCGGCCGACAGCACGUUCCGCGAGGAGGACGUCUCCAACUACUUCAGCAUCUACGGGCCGGUGCACGACGUGCGCAUCCCGUACCAGCAGAAGCGCAUGUUCGGGUUCGUCACCUUCGUUUACCCGGAGACGGUGAAGCUGAUCUUGGCCAAGGGCAACCCGCACUUCAUCUGCGACGCCCGCGUGCUCGUCAAGCCCUACAAGGAGAAGGGCAAGGUCCCCGACAAGUACAGGAAGCAGCAGCAAGGCGAUUUCUGCUGCAUGUCGCCCACGGGGUUAGACGCCAGGGACCCCUUUGAUUUUCACCAGCUCGGUGCAAGGAUGCUGCAGCACUCCAACAGCGCGAACGAGCUAAUGCUGCGGCGGAAGCUCGAGGAGCAGCAACAGGCGGCGGAGCUGCAGCAGGCUAUUGAUCUCCAUAGCCGCCGCCUCAUUGGCCUCCAGCUGCUCGACCUCAAGUCUUCUGCCGCUGUCCAUGCGGCGGAGACGACAACAAUGUCUCUGCCCACUCCGAUCACCAAUGCCUUCACCUCCGGCCAACCCGGUGCCACCACAAUCGUCGAGUCACCGCCUAGCUCUACUGGGCAACUGAUGGCGAGCUGCGGCUCUCCAUCGGAGGGGAAAGUUGUCAAUGGUGGUAAUAAGGCGGAUUCUGCCGGUGAGGUUACCCGCAAUGCCGAUAGUGACCAAAGUGGUGAGCACAACUUGCCAGACAGCCCGUUUGCUUCCUCUACCAAGUCGACCGCAUUCUUUACCGCAACCGCUGCCACUGCCAUUGGUAGCGAGGGAGAUUUCACCACCGGUAGUAGCUGCAAUAUUGGUGGCAGUGCGGUCGGCAGCGCCAACCCUCUCCGGCCUCCCACAUUGGACAUACCUUCGCCAAGGACCUGCUUCUUCCCCAUGCCCAGGCUGUCCGAGCACGGGGCGAUCGGGAUGUAAAGUAGUCCACAAUGGAAGUGGCUGAAACCCUCUCCAGAAAUCAUAGAAUACAUGAAGCAAAGAAAGUGUUAUCGGAAUAUAGGGGAAAAAAGGAGUGGAGUGUCAGCGUAGUUUUUAGGAUGUUUAGCUCCCCUUUCUUUUCGUUUUUAAGCUUCUCUCACCUUUUAGUGGAUAGCUCCAUUAAACAACACGAGAAGAAGAAGAUGCCAUUAGCCCUUAUGGAAGAAAAAGUGGCAGCAUAUGAAGUAUUGUGAUAUACUACUAUAUAUAAUACUACUCUAUAUAUAUAUAAAUAAUUUAGUGGUGCGCCUAAUUAUACUAGAGAAUAUAGUACUAUGUGGCAGUUAGCAGUUAUUUUGUUUACUACUGCCAUCAGACAAUUGAUGUUGUUACCCAGUUCUUCCAUGUAUAACAACUACUCGUAUAUUAUACUGAUUCUGUGGUUAAUCCUGGAGGCAAGUGCCUGCCACACGUUCACA